CUUCUUCAGCGCGGGGACUCCCCCAGACCUGGCCCUAGCACUGAGGCCCUUCCUGGUCCCGCCACUCGCUCUUCCCCUCUCUGGAACAGGCGCCGUCUGUCCGGGAGGGCAGGACUCUCCAAUGCCCUCUCUCCUCCCGAGGAACGAUAGCCAUGGUGAACUCAGGCCUGUGGGCAGCAGAAGUAAGAAUGUCUAAGCCCCUGGAGCUGGAGAAGGCGCGGCUGGAACUACAAGAAGAGCACACAGAUACAGAACGAAAUGGACCUGACACAAACCACCAGACCCAGCAGAGCAAACCUUCCCCAUUCUCCGCAUCCCCAACCAGCACCGGCACCAAGAUCAAAGCUGAAGACCCCACAGAGAUGCCUCCAGCUCCGGCGCCAGCUCCGGCCCCCGCAGCUCAGCAGCCGCACCUGCCCCAGGCCCAGCUUAUGCUAGCUGGCAGCCAGCUGGCUGGGGACAUUCAGCAGCUGCUCCAGCUCCAGCAGUUAGUCCUCGUCCCAGGGCAUCACCUCCAGCCGCCCGCACAGUUCCUGCUGCCACAGGCCCAGCAGGGACAGCAAGGGCUGCUCCCGACACCAAAUCUCUUUCAGCUACCUCAGCAAAACCCGGGGAGUCUCCUGCCGAACCAGCCUCGCGCAGGGCUCCCAGCACAGCAAGUGACUCGGCCUGGCCUCCCCGAGUCCCACCUCGCUCACUCGCAGACGCCCAAAUGCCUGGAGACCCCGUCACACCCGGAGGAGCCCAGUGACUUGGAGGAGCUGGAGCAGUUUGCCCGUACCUUCAAGCAGCGGCGUAUCAAACUGGGUUUCACGCAGGGUGAUGUGGGGCUGGCCAUGGGGAAGCUGUAUGGAAAUGACUUCAGCCAGACAACCAUCUCACGCUUUGAGGCACUCAACCUGAGUUUCAAGAACAUGUGCAAGCUCAAGCCCCUCCUGGAGAAAUGGCUCAAUGAUGCUGAGACAAUGUCGGUGGACUCCACGCUUCCCAGUCCCAACCAGCUAAGCAGUCCUAACCUGGGGUUUGAUGGGCUGCCAGGCCGGCGCCGCAAGAAACGGACCAGCAUUGAGACCAAUGUCCGCUUCGCACUGGAAAAAAGCUUUCUCGCGAACCAGAAGCCUACCUCAGAGGAGAUCCUGCUGAUUGCCGAACAACUGAACAUGGAGAAGGAGGUGAUCCGCGUCUGGUUCUGCAACCGCCGCCAGAAGGAGAAGCGGAUCAAUCCUUGCAGCUCCGCGCCCAUGUUGCCUGCCCAGGGCAAGCCUCCAGGCUACAACCCUCACUUGGUGACCAGCCCCGGCACCGGCACAAGUCUGCCCCUCUCCCAGGCUUCCAGUAGUCUGAGCACAACAGUUACUACCUUGUCCCCAACAGUCUGCUCCCUGACCCCCAGUCGGACAGCGGUGGGAGCAGGCGGCAGCACCCUCAACUCGGUCACGCCACCCCCAAGCAACAGCACAAACUCCAGUCCGCAGGGCAGCACUCACCCGGCGAUCAGCUUGCAGGGCCUGAAUCCCAGUACAGGAAGCACAGUGCUAGGGGUGAAUGCAGGGUUAAACCCAGCGCUCAUGGCCACCAACCCACUGGCCACCAUACAAGCAUUGGCCAGUGGUGGAAGCCUGCCGAUUACCAGCCUUGAUGCCAGUGGUAACUUGGUCUUGGGUACCAGUGCAGGCACGACCGGAAGCCAGAGCAUCGUGACCGCGCCGCUCUUCCUGAACCAUGCAGGCCUGCCCUUGCUGAGUGCUGCCCCAGGAGGCGUGGGGCUGGUGUCGGCAGCCGCGGCAGUGGCUGCCUCCAUGCCCAGCAAGUCCCCCACCCUGACCUCCUCCUCCUCUUCCUCCUCCUCCUCCUCCUCCUGUUCCUCAUGCAGUUCCUCCAGUGACGUGGCGCAGACUCUGGGGCAAGCUGGCCCCGGAUCCACUGAGCCGGAUGCCAAGACAGAAUGAGGGCUGAGAAGCACCCCUACUGCCUCUCCUGACACGACGGGGGUGGCAAGGAGUGGACGUACAAAAGACCGACGAGUGAAACCAAAAAAACCAAAACACAAAAAAAAACCAAACUAAGAAAUGUCAGCAACAGCCAAACGAAAA